GGCCUCCAAGAACCCCACCUACUGGAUCAAGAAGCUCAGCUUCGAGAGCGCGCUGAACGGCGUCACGGGCAAGCGGGACCUGCACCAAGCUUCAGGGUGCGCUUCUAGGUCCGAAGUAAAGUCCAAGGAGGAUACGACGAGCGACGCGCUGAGGAGGCACAUGGGGCGCGCGACGAUCUUCGGUAAGAUCAGCCCGACUGAGGUUCCACAGACGGGCUGGCCAGCCAGUCGGGAUGCAUUUUCGGACCUCGUCUUGAUCGACCUCAGCCGUCCUGGAAAAGUGUUUCUGGCUCUCAUGGGGAAGAGGGCCAAUGAGCUUUCUGUAGCGGCGACUUCGAGCAUGUGCAUCCGUGAAUCUGACAUGCAGGCUGUGCUUCUGAAGGAUUUUCGCAUCAAUAAAUUCCCGUGCCGGGUCAUCACGACUACCUCAGAGGCAAACGUCAACAGCACCAUGGCGGCCUUCACUAAUUUGAUGGGGUUCUUAGACCUGCCAGAUGACGCGGGGAUCCCCGCCGAGGUCAUGGUGGUCUGUGAUUCCAUCUACGUCUCGGUUCGAGGAUUCGGCUCCCUCGCGAGAAUCCAGGCUGGCAUCGAUACGAAGUUCGAGUACGUGAAGGGCGCGAUGGCGCUGCACAGGGCUGCUGAGAAGACAGUCGUGCAGUCGGUGCUGUAUGAUGUUGGGGCUACUCUGAACAGGAACCCGCUCCUGAUCGAGAGCUGCAAGGGCGCGCGGGGGCUCUCAGACCUGACCGAGCAGUCCGAAGUCGGCGCGGCCAUCAAUUGUGUAAAGGAUGCGCCCGGCUGGAACAACCAGUACUCGGCGGUGCUUCCCUCGUGCGUGUGCGCUGGCCUGGGCGAGGUGGUCCACCACGCGACGAAGCUACUCUACGGAAUGCUUACCGAUGCCGCGAAGGGCAAGGAUGAAGAAGGCGAGUUCUCUGACUUCCUUACGUCGGCGCAAACGCUCUACCAGAACUGCUGGAAGACGUACCCUGAGAAGCCCGAGUGCGACGCGUGCAUCGAGGGCUGUGGGCACAUGCUGAAUUCCAAGAUGAAUUCAAAUCUCACGGUGGCAGUUGCGGAGAAGAUCCACAAUAUCAGCGGGGGCGUCAUGAAAUCGUUGCCGAUGUUGGAUGAGUUGUCUGCCAUCCUGCGCCAGGAGGCAGGGUUGCUUGAUGGUUGCGAGUUGUCUGCCACGGAUCCCAUGACUGCGAUUGCGACCGAGGUAUCCCAGGGGCUUGCGCAGCGCUCGUUGGUGGAGGUCUACGGCGUGAUUGGGUCCUGCGAGCGGGUCGCUGAGGGCGUGCGCACGCUCUCGACUAUCAAGGGGUGUGGCGACAGAGCUCAGGUGCUGGUGAAGCUGUCAUCAUCUCUCUCGUUUGCCGUCGGCGCGAUGAAGCAGGCGAGGCCCGACCCCGACAACCAGUCGCAGCUCGUGGCCACCGAGGUCCUGGAGUUGAACGCCGCGCCCCGCUUGUCUCGCAACGUCAAGGGCCUGCAGGGGUGGGACGCUUUCGUAACCUCGUGCUCGAAGUCCUUGAUGAAGUGCGACGUCGCAGAGAUCCAGACGUUGCUUCAGAAGGCCGAGGUCGAGCUGGAGAAGCACGCCGAGGGCAUCAACGUCUUCGGCAAUGACUCCGAUGACCCGACGUGGAACGACAUGAAGAGUUCGAUCGAGGCGGCUUGCAUCACCUUGUCCGCCCAGAUGCCCAUUGAGGCCUACACGACGUCAGGGGCGAAGAAGCCCGCCUUGCGUUCCAUCGCGGAGACGGAGAUCAGUGCCCGCGCCAA